AGGGGCGGGGAGCGUCGCUCCGCCAUGCCCGGCGCCCCGCUCGGCCCCGCGCCGCCUGCCCGCCCCGGCGCGGCCGCCCGGCCGAGGCGCGGGGCGCUGCGGGCCCGCUGAGGCGGUUGUGAGGCGGGGGGGGCGCCGCCAUGGCUCCCGCCUGGCCCUGCCUGCUGCUGUGCCUCGGCGCCGCCGCCCUGCCCGCCGGCCCGGCCCCGCCGCGCAUCCGCCUGCCGCUCAGGGGGGGCUCGGCCCCGCCGCCCGGCCCCCGGGCUCGCCGGGCCCCCGACGACGAGGCGGCGGCGGCGGCCGAGCGGAGGGGGAGCUUCGUGGAGAUGAUCGAUAACCUGCGGGGCAAAUCCGGCCAGGGCUACUACGUGGAGAUGACGGUGGGCAGCCCCCCGCAGAAGCUGAACAUCCUGGUGGACACCGGGAGCAGUAACUUUGCCGUGGGAGCUGCACCGCACCCCUUCCUCCGGAGAUACUACCAGCGGCAGCUGUCCAGCACCUACCGUGACCUGCGGAAGGGCGUCUACGUGCCCUACACGCAGGGCAAGUGGGAAGGGGAGCUGGGCACUGACCUGGUCACCAUCCCCCACGGCCCCAACGUCACCGUCAGAGCCAACAUCGCCGCCAUCACCGAGUCGGACAAAUUCUUCAUCAACGGCUCCAACUGGGAAGGGAUCCUGGGGCUGGCCUACGCCGAGAUCGCCCGGCCUGACGACAGCCUGGAGCCCUUCUUUGACUCCCUGGUGAAGCAGACCCAGGUGCCCAACAUCUUCUCCCUCCAGCUCUGCGGGGCGGGCUUCUCGCUCAACGAGACGGAGGCCCUGGCGGCGGUGGGAGGCAGCAUGAUCAUCGGCGGCAUCGACCGCUCGCUGUACGUGGGCGACAUCUGGUACACGCCCAUCCGCAAGGAGUGGUACUACGAGGUGAUCAUCGUCAGGCUGGAGGUCAACGGGCAGGACCUGAACAUGGACUGCAAAGAGUACAACUACGACAAGAGUAUCGUGGACAGCGGGACCACCAACCUCCGGCUGCCGAAGAAGGUGUUCGAGGCUGCGGUGAAAUCCAUCAAAACAGCUUCCUCGACGGAGAAAUUCCCAGACGGUUUCUGGCUGGGGGAGCAGCUGGUUUGCUGGCAGGUCGGCACCACGCCCUGGCACAUCUUCCCCGUCCUGUCCCUCUACCUGAUGGGGGAGGCCACCAACCAGUCCUUCCGCAUCACCAUCCUGCCCCAGCAAUACCUGCGGCCGGUGGAGGAUGUGGCCACCUCUCAGGACGACUGCUACAAGUUCGCCAUCUCUCAGUCCUCCACCGGCACCGUCAUGGGCGCUGUCAUCAUGGAGGGCUUCUACGUGGUCUUCGACCGCGCCCGCAAGCGCAUCGGCUUCGCUGUCAGCGCCUGCCACGUGCACGACGAGUUCCGGACGGCCGCAGUGGAGGGGCCCUACCUGCACUCCAACAUGGAGGACUGCGGCUACAACAUCCCGCAGACGGACGAGUCCACCUUGAUGACCAUCGCCUACGUCAUGGCAGCCAUCUGCGCCCUGUUCAUGCUGCCCCUCUGCCUCAUGGUCUUUCAGUGGCGCUGCUUCCACUGCCUGCGGCGGGACCACGACGACUUUGCCGAUGACAUAUCCUUGCUGAAGUGACACCGGAGCUUGGGGGCAGUCCCGGGGCCCGCAGGUGAGGUAGCGGGGCGAGGAGAGGUAGGUCCUUUUUUGAAGGCUGGAGAACAGAGGCAGGACAGCAGUGUGGGGAGCUCAGUCAGCCGAAGCCCUUCUGGCCCCUGGGGACUGCUGUGCCCUUUGGGUCUAGCAGGCCAGGAGUGACCCAGUGCCAGGAGCAGGCCAGCCUCGAGGCGAGGCCCUUGUGUCCCUGGGUCACCAUCACCUAGGGCAGCAUUUGGGGAGCAGGUGGAGAUCUGAUCCCUUUAACAUUAGGAUCCCCCUCUGUGCUCCAGGGCUCUGACCUGGUUCCUGACACCAGCCACCCCUUGCUGACCUGUAGCUGGCCACGAGCACGUGUUCAGCGUGUGCUUGCAGCCUGUGGGGAAGCAGCAUGUGCGAGGGCAGCCACGGGAGUCCCAGGCUGCAGCUGCUUUUAUCUGGGACCUGCAGAACCAGGGUGGGAGUUGGGGGGUGACAGCACAGCGACCCUGUCAGCCUGCAGCCCCCGGUGGGGCCGGGUACAGCUCUCUACUCCGGUACAAGGCUGAGCUGGGCUCUCCCUCGCUGUCCUGCCCAGGCCUGCCAAGUGUGAUAGAGUCCAGCUGAUGCCUGUCCCCUUCCCCAGCCCGUGUCCCUGCCCUCCUCAGCCUGCUCCGCAGGGAAGCUGCUGGCCUGGGCCCUCCGUGUAGUGAUGUGUGCGCGUGUGCAUGUGCGCUGUGGCUGUGCCUUCCCCACGCAGCUCCCCUCCCCGGGACGCCUGUGAGCUGGACUCAGCGAGUGCAUCUCCAGAGCCUCCCUCCCAGCCCCGGGCUUUUGGGAACUCGCCCCCGGUGCCAGCCUGGAGCUGCCCGGGGAUGCAGGGAGGCAGGCAGGGCGCUCUCCUAGCGGCUGCUCCCAUCCUGCUCUCCUGUACCCCGCUGGCUCUGACAUUUCCCGUGGCAUUGCCCUGCCCUCCUGCCCUGUCCUCCCCCUGCUGCCGGCCCCAGGCUCUGCUCCCCCUGCCCUGGCUGCCUCCAGGAUGGGCAGCCGCCCUCCCACCCUCUGGGGGCCGGGACCUGCCUCACCUCCAUUCCAGCACCGACAGCAUUUGCCACGUAGAAGCUGGUGGCUGCUGCCCUCCGGGCCUGGGGACGACAGCCUCUGCUGCGGGCCGCGGGGCUCUCCUCUCCUCCCUGCGCUUCGCAGCCCUGGGACUGCACGGGGAACGAAGGAAGGAGCUUUCCCCUCACGCGCUGCACAGCCUGGAACAAGCAGAAACCGAGUGCCGGGAGGGAGCCGAGCGCUGCAGCCUUGCGCCGGCCCCUUCCCCAAGCCCACUCGCCUGUUUGAAAGCCAUAGGGGGGCCGGGGCCGGGCUCGGUGGCCCCCACCUGCAGCUGCUGCCUUGCCUCGCCUCACCAGCCGGCCGGACCCGCGGUGGCCCCGUGCUGCUGCGCUCGCGCCCUGGCACCAGCCACGCUCGGACCCGGGCUCCUGCUCUCAAGGCACGAGCCCCCCCGGCAGCUUUGGGCAACGGGAGGUGGCUCUGGGGACUGCAGCGGUUAUUGUUUUUUAAAGACGUGGUUGUAUUUAUUAUUUUAGGGGGUUGUUUGGUUUGUUUUUCUUUUUUUUUUUUACACUGCAAGUCACUGGUAGUACAGCUGCGCGGAACCACGGCGUGUAUAUAGCAGGUCCCUGCUGCACACAGGGGUACCAGUAGCGGUCGCUUCUCACCUGUACAAUAUUUACAUAUAGCUAUAUUUUUAAUUCUAGCGCCGAAAGCCACUGUUCCAAACCCACCGGUAGGGGAUUUGGUCCUGUUUUGUUGUUUUUAAAUACCUGUAGCCCUCUGCACAACCUAGGGCCUUGGCCACCACCCAAGCCCGGGGCUUGCUGGGCAGCAGCACGCUUGGAUGGAAGCACUUCACAGCUCGUAGGCGACCUGGAGUUGGGUUCAGAGGGAGUUCUGUGUGUAAGUGAUCUGGUGGUAAGGACGGAGGGGUGCAGGAGGGCACAGCUGGAUUGGUGUGGUGGUUCUCGAGCUGAGAGGACACUUGGCAGGGGAAGCAGUUCUGCUUCCUCUGCCUUGUUCAUAUGGCAAAGGGAGGUCUUUACGGAGUGAAAGAACAACCCUCCCUUUCUUCCUCUGUCACAGCCCCCCUGCAGCCCCCUCCUCCCUUCCCCAGAGCAGCUGAUAGCGCUCACUUUCCUCACUUCUCAGCCUCAGCCAUGAAGGUGCUUUGUUUUUAGCAGCGAGAUUUGCUCACUGAACAGGCAACGCUCAGCCACAAGCGAAAGUCAGAGCUACCUGUGGUGCUGGGGCCUGGGCAGAGCUGAGCCCCGAGUUCAGCCGGGGACAAGGGCUGGAGCAUUACAAGCCUACAGUAAUCACCAGGGAUCAAGCUUGUUAACGAAAUCCUUUGCUUAAAUUUCUUCAAAAAAGCAGGGAGGGAGCCCGUGAGCAAGGCAGGAGAAAACACAAGGUAGGAGACCACAGAAGAGGCAACCCAGCCCCAACCCUGGGAACUGCCCCCACAGCCCAUUACACGCUCCCCUAAACCAUCCCCCUUUGCUGGGUCUGGGAACAGCCCCCAGUUCCCAUGCUGUGCUCCCACACUCCGCUCAUGCAGCAAUUCAGCUCCAGCGUGAGGGCAAAGUUAUGCAAUUGCAGAGUGCACACACACCUCCACACCCCUGUGCCUGCCCAGGACCCUCCCCAGGAGCCCAGAGACUCUGUUGUGGCCCACUGCCUUAAAACAUGCUGACAAGCGUGUGUGUGCACGCCUAGAGAGAUUCAGGCUGUGGCCAAAUUCAGGCACGCCGUAGGUACCCUGGCAGUGCUUGCACUGACCAGCCUCGAGGCAAAGCUGCUUCUAGCAGAGCUGAAUUUGUGCUACAGACUGCAAAAAAAAAAGGAAAAGAAAACACUACAGAGUAAGUGCAAGAUUUUAAGUGGUGCUGAGCACCUUGUGAUCCCACCGAAAUCCAUGGAGAAAGGGUUGGUGCCCCAGCCCGUGUUUUAGGAGAAAGGCCAGGAAAGGGAAAAGUAGAAUCUGCAACUGGUUGGUUAUCCUGAGCUGCAGCACAGCCAAAUUUGUUCACGCCCCAGUGCUCCUUCCCCAGGACCCGGAGUUACACCAGGAAGCACCAGGUGAAAGCGUGUGCAGGACUCUGCCCAGCGGGAGGAGGGAUGGGGAUGGCUACCGCAGGCUGCCGCUGUAGACUCCAGUACUCUGUAACCUAUCGUCUGUGUAAGAACAAUGAAUGUUAACACGGUAAAUUAUUACAUUAAAAAAAAGACAAAAAUAC